AGCUGCUGUAAGUAACCCUGGGAUACAGCCUUGAGAGAGACAAGUCUGGAAUGUGCCUCUGUCUUUGGCUGCCAUGCUGUUUCAUCAGUUUCCCAUCCCCCUCCCUCUUUCCUAUGGCAACUCGAGAGCAGGCCAGGGAUGCUUUGCUGAGUUGACAUUUCUGAAAAAGUCUUGUGCAUUGAGAUAUGUUCUCCGAUGGUGCCGUGACUAUGUUGUUGUCUAUUCCAGGACAGUCAGAGUGUCUUCAGAGCUAACUGCAACAAAAUUAUAAUGUUGUUUACUGAUGGAGGUGAAGAAAAAGCUCAGGAGAUAUUUGAGAAAUACAAUAAGGACAAAAAGGUCCGUGUGUUUACAUUUUCUGUUGGUCAACAUAAUUAUGACAAAGGACCCAUACAGUGGAUGGCCUGUGAAAAUAAAGGUUACUAUUAUGAAAUUCCUUCCAUUGGCGCCAUAAGAAUAAACACACAGGAAUAUUUGGAUGUUUUGGGCAGACCCAUGGUAAUGGCUGAGCAAAAAGCCAAACAAGUCCAAUGGACCAACGUUUAUUUGGAUGCUCUGGAACUUGGCUUGGUCAUUUCGGGAACCUUGCCGGUCUUCAACUUUACCAAAGAUCAAAAUAACGUUCAGAACCAGUUGAUCCUUGGCGUAAUGGGAGUUGACGUGUCCCUAGAAGAAAUUAAAAAGGUCACCCCUCGUUUUACUCUGUGUCCCAACGGUUAUUAUUUUGCCAUUGAUCCCAAUGGUUAUGUGCUGCUUCAUCCAAAUCUUCAACCAAAGCACAUUGGUGUGGGCAUCCCCCAAAUUAAACAAAGGAGACCCUAUACCCAGAAUCCGAAAUCUCAGGAACCUGUGACUCUGGAUUUUCUGGAUGCAGAGUUGGAGAAUGACAUUAAAGUUGAGAUUCGGAAAAAGAUGAUUGAUGGUGAAAGUGGCGACAGGACCUUUCAAACGCUGGUCAAAUCUCAAGAUGAGCGCUAUAUUGAUAAAGGCAACAGAACGUACACAUGGACUGCGGUGAAUGGCACGGAUUACAGUUUGGCUUUGGUGUUACCAUCCUACAGCUUUUACUAUAUUAAAGCCAAGAUUAAUGAAACCUUAACUCAGGCAAAGUUUAUUGCCACUCUCAAGCGGGAAUCCUUUGACGAAUUUGGAUAUACGUUCUUAGCACCCAGGGACUAUUGUAGCACAGUGAAAAUAACAGACAAUAAUACUGUAUUUCUUCAGAAUUUCAUUGAAUUUAUGGAUCAAUAUUCACCCGAAAACCCUUCAUGUAAUGGUUUGGUGAUGAGAGCUUUGUUGGAUGCAGGCUUCACAAGUGACCUGGUCCAGAAUUACUGGAGUAAACAGGACCCGGAGGGAAUCACGGCACGCUUCGUAGCUACAGAUGGAGGGAUCACCAGAGUAUAUCCCAAAAGUGCAGGCGAAUAUUGGACAGAAAAUGCGGAAACCUAUGAACAGAGCUUCUACAAAAGGAGUUUAGAUAAUGAAAAUUAUAUCUUCACGGCUCCAUUCUUCAACCGAAGCAUCUAUGAAGAUGGGAUCAUGGUAAGCAAGGCUGUGAAGAUCACCGUGAAUGGAAAACUUCUAAAACCAGCAGUUGUUGGAGUAAAAAUCAAUCUGAACAGCUGGAUGACAAAUUUCACUACAAUCACCACGAAAGACCAGUGUAAAAGUGGAAGUGAGCUUUGCGGAUGUGAAAAGAACAGUCCGCACAUUGACUGUGUCAUUCUUGACGAUGGGGGUUUUCUUUUGAUGACAAACCAAGAUAACUAUGUCCCAGAGAUCGGAAAAUUCUUUGGGGAGAUUGACCCAGGCCUCAUGCGAAAUCUCAUUAAUAUGUCCUUGUACGCCUUCAACAAGUCUUACGACUAUCAGUCGGUGUGCGAUCCAGAAGAUGAACCGAAACAAGGAGCAGGACUUCGCUCCGUCAAUGUGCCUACCAUAGCAGAUAUUUUACAUCUUGGAUGGUGGGCAUCUGCAGCUGCCUGGUCUAUUUUGCAGCAGCUGGUCUGGGGGCUGACCUUCCCACGUUUCCUUGGGGCAGCGGAAGUGGAAGAAGAUGAUUUCAGCGGCUUCCCAUCCAAGCAGAGUUGUAUCACGGUACAAACGCAAUAUUUCUUUGGGUCUGACGAUAAAUCCUUCAAUGGCAUUCUGGACUGUAUCAACUGUUCUAGGCUUUUUCACGCAGAGAAGAUUUCCAACACCAAUUUGGUUUUCAUCAUGAGUGACAGUAAAGAGUUGUGUCAUCAUUGUGACACGAGGCCCCUGAUGCAAGCAGAGAAACCUGAUGAAGGACCGAACCCUUGUGAAAUGGUUCAGCAUCCCAGAUACAGGAAAGGGCCAGAUGCUUGCUUUGACGACGCUAAAGAUCAGCCUCUAUGCACGAGGAGCUUCGCCACUGCCAUGACGCCCACCUCUGUCUUCAUUUUUCUGCAAGUUUUCAUGUGGUGUGGAUGGAUGAUUCAGCCGAGUGUGGUGGAGUCUCUGGAUUGAGUCCAUCACUCUGGUCUAUGGUAGGAAUCCAGUUUAUCCUGCUCUGGAUGUUAUCUGGCAUCAGACUCUGCCAGUUAUGACCGUGAGACACCCCAAACUUAAUCUAAACCAACCGAGAUCCUGCCAAAACGUUAGCCCACCAUUUUCAUUCAAGGAAAAAAAGGGGGGCCCAUCUGCUCCGGCUGCAGAUUCAAUGGCGACGCCAGUGACUCGAAAAAAAAAAAAUCUUCUCGGGGGGAAAGGCGCUCGAAGGCACCCACCGUGGCUGCAUGUUGGUGUGUCAGAUCUGUUAACACGUGUGUGUGAAUGCUUCAUCAUCCAGGCCAUUCAGAACCGAAUUCUGUAUGCGCUUUUACUGUGGAGUUUCAGGGUUGGGGGUAAAGUCUUCUUUUGUGUGUGUGCUUUUGAAGACUCCGUGUUGAAAAAAAAAGGGCUCCCCUUUAAAAGAUCACCCCGUUUUCUGUUUGUUUGUUCGAACUCGGUUUUGAGUGGGUUGCACUCCUUAAACAUUGGAAUGCCCGAUUUGUAAAGGAAAGGGGAAAAAAAUACAACAACAACAUUUGCCAUUUCCUUCGCCUUCUGGUUUAGAAUACCGAUUAUUUAUAUGCCUGCUUUCAACUUUCUUUGAAUACAAACUCAACUUCAUUUCACACCGGUUCGCCGGUGUCGAAUCAACCAUAAACCAAUGCUGUGAUUUAGAAACACAGAGACUUCGUCACGACUUCUCUUCCUCCUUCCAUAACCAUCGCUCCCACUGCCAACUUCAAGCCCAUCAAUGCAACGGCGUUAGCACACCUGAAAAUGUUUCCGAACCCCAGGAAUUUAAAAUAUUCGGGGGGGUUGUUGUAGGGGAAAAUUAAAAUGAUGGUCGGAAGGUGGCAACCGGUUUUAAAAUAAAAAAGGACUUUUUUAAAAAAAAUGGAAAAGAGGAAAGCUAAAACGUUUUUAUUUAGGAAGCAGUGGUGGGCUCGAUAUCAAAGAUCUGGAGAACCUCAAGCAUUGAAUUGGACACCACGAAGACUUUUCACCACGAUGUAAAAUGCCUUAUAAACAGAUCAUCUUUGUUUUCCGAAAACGAAUCAGCUUCCAUAACUUCAUGAACUGGAUGCAAAGUUCUGAAAAAAAGGCGAGCUCGAAGCAACCAACGUCAAAAUGGAGUAGGUUUUUUUGUUUUUUAAAGGAAAACUUCCCUCUUCAUCCCACAAUCCGUCCUUCGUUGUGCAAGCUGUUAAUAAUGUCUGUAUGGAACAUCCCUGUUUCUUAGAGCACUGUCUUUCUGGUUUCUAAGUCCUCCAAAGUUUUCAAGACGCAACGUUUGUGAAUACAAAUGUCUUUUGUGAAUAUAUUGAACGUUGGUUUCCAAGGGUAAUUUUUUGCAUGAUGACGAAGCUGCUAUUUCGUUCAAGAUUUCGUUUUGUUUUUCCUAGGUUCCCCCCCCCCUUUUUUUUUUUGACAGUAGAGUGUAGUUUAUUGAACAGGUCUUUGAGUGAUUUUUUUUUUCUUUUCCUGUUGUGUGAGAAACCAAAUAUUGCGGUGUGAUGCAAUUCAAUCUUAAGUUAUAUAUUGUUAAACAGAUAUCUGAAUCGACUGUGCAAUGUAAAAGCUGAAAAGCGGAGGAGGGUACAUUUAAUUACCUUCUCAAAUGGGGGGGGGGAAAUGGGUUUUACAAAUGAAAACAUUCACCUGAAUUACUAUUUACAGGUCCAACUGAAAUCAGAUUGACAGGCAUUUAUUUCAGGGUUUAAAAUAAUAAUAAUAAUAAUAAUAACUGCUUGUUUCCAGCAAAAUUAUCCCCAAUUAUUAUGCAGUGUCUUACCUUCUGCUUUACAUCACAAAUAGCAAAAUGGGGAGAAAAAAAUUGAAUGAAAAAAAUUGGAAAACCCAAACGAAUCCCUAUAACAUAGAGUGACCCUUGGGUUUGAAAUAAAAAUACUGAUUUAGCCUGAACUCAACCAUCAGUCCAGUGAGUAAAUGAAUUAGCUUGGAGUACAGAAUGUUGUAGACAGAGAAGAGAAUAUUUUCAUCAAGGACUUUUAAAACUAACCAAUGAAUGUGUGGCUUUCUUGAUAUCGCGGAAUUCUUCUAAAAACCGCAAUUCUUUGUAACGAGAACCCCCAUAAAAUAUCAUUGCACUGGCAAGUGACUUCCAUCUGAUGUUGAACCCAAAGAUUUUUGAGGAAUUUCUGAGAAUGUAUUCGUCAUAGACGAAUGGCAGGUCUUUAAUUUUUUUCCCCCUCCUUUGUCCGCUUCCAUUUAUUUUCUGAUUUUAGCUGAGCACGCUAGUGAAUUUUCUUCAUUUCCUCAUUUUCACUUUAGCGGAUCUAAAACAAUUCACUGCGGCCAACUUGGCAUGGCGAACUCACCGCGGGAUAAGAGUUACAUUAAUAUCGAAGAAAGGGUGGAACAGACGCAUUAAAGAAAAGAUGCAAAAAUGGGAAUGACAAAAAUUAAAAUCAUCUUUUAAUUAUGUUGAAUACUUAAACUGAAUUGUUGAAUUGUCCGAUGCGGCGAGUUGGCUGUGGCGAGUUAUCCCAUUCCUCACUUCAGCUUCUUCUAACUUUGUUAUUAAAGUUAGAAUUAAAGUUACGAGUUAAAGUUAUGAGCCGUGGCGGCUCAGUGGUGAGAGUGCAGUACUGCAGGCUAUUUCUGCUAACUGGCCGAGAUGGCAGUUCAAAUCUCACUAGGCUCAAGGUUGACUCAGCCUUCCAUCCUUCUGAGGUCGGUAAAAUGAGGACUCAGAUUGUUGGGGGCAAGAGGCUGACUCUGUAAACCACUUAGAGAGAGCUGGAAAAGAAUUGUGAAGCUGUAUAUAUUGCUGUUAAGUUCAAGAGAUGAUUAAAGAAGGAAUGAUGAAGCGAGGUCUCCUAAUUUUUCUACUUUUUAAAAAGGGAGUUUUUGCAGGUCUCCCAAUCCCAAAGAAAUACUCUUAAUAGAGUGGAAUGAAUAUAAUUCGGAUUGCAACUUGAUUCUUUUCUAGAGAACUUAGAAUGGGCUAGCAAGAAUCUGAAUGACGAUUAAUGGUAACCAAACGACACAGAAAACUUUAAAUCUUUUGUGUGUCUAGUGGUUACGUGGAUAUUUGGCAGUCCAGGUGUGGUAGCUCUACAGUUCACGGCUGACAGGCAUUUCAUACCUUAGUCCAGGAGUCCCCAACCUGUUUGGUUCUGUGGACUGUUGGCGAUAACUUCAGCAGAGGGGGGGAAUGGGUUCUAGCACAUAACAUAAAUCCUACACAUGUGCAAAUGAACCUUCGCACACUUGUGUGCCACUUUGGUGGACCGGUUCCCAAUGGGCCACGGCCCAGCAGUUGGGGACUUCUGUCUUAGUGAACAUCAUGCUUGCCAAAAAUUAAUCAGAAAUGUGCUAUAUUUCAUUGCUUCUAUCCUCAUUGUCUCACCGCUUCUGUUCUCACUGAAGAUAAUUCAGCUUGUUUAGCAUUAAGGGAGUCAAAUCCAGCUUGCUUCUGUUAAAGAGCAGAUUGGUUAUUUUUAUUUAUUUAUUGGGUUUAUGUAUUUGUGGUCUCACCCCGCGAGACCACAGUUUAUUUAUUGAAUUGAUAUAGCUGCUCGUCUCGCGUGUAUCUGUCUCAGGGCAGCGCACACGAUGAGAAAUAAACAGCUGAUCGGGAACGGGAGGGCAAUUCCUUAAAAAUCGGCACUGCAGAUCAAGUCACUUGCUUCAUUUUUUGCUUAACAAUAGAGUUUGCCUUAAUCGAAAUAUUGGUCCUCAUCCUUAAUUUGCAGAAUUUUUUUUUAAAGAAUCGCUUUCUCUGAGCAACAUCGCCAAGGAGACUUUCCACCAAUUCCAUCUGUAUUUGGGUAGCUUGUAGCCUCUUCGGAUGAUUACUUUUUGUCAAAACGUCUUUUCAGGUACUGCUACUAACUACUUCCUGUAAAUAAUGCUUACAGUUACAAUAUCUACAUCUAUUAUUAUUAAUUAUUAUUUUUUUUAAAAAAAUGCCUUAAUUAAUUCCUAGUCUUUGCAAAGGAUAAUUUCAUGGUAGGUUUCUCCUCUUUCUCUCCAAAGAUGGAAAGAAUACAGCUUAAUUCUCCUUAUGGGAACAGGAAGUUGAGUGUUUCAAAGUCAAUUCAUAAAUAAAGGCGUAGCAUAUGCAUUAACCAGGAAUGGUGCGGUGGCCUAGAGGUGGAGCUCUCGCCUCACAAUCAGGAGGCUGUGAGUUCAAUCCUAGGUGGAGGCAGAUAUUUCUCUCUCCGGGCACAAUGAGAAUAUAUCUGCUGAACAAAAACUCCUCAUUGGAGACAGGAAGGGCAUCUGGCCAGUAAACAGUCAGCUCCGUUCAGUUGCCCAGACUCUCAGAUUUAUGGGGUCAUUAAAAAGAGAUUAUAUGUAUUAACCAGGAAGCAAGAAGCUUCUACUUAAAGUGGUAAGUCACUAUGCUGGAAGAAGCCACAAAUAUAGGCAUAGCUGGAAGAUGCAGUGAGGUUCAUGUAAUAUAGGGGGAAGUAGACUUAAAGAGUUUUUUGUCUUCUUUGCUGUUACCUAGUGAUCAGAUGGAAUUCGGCAGCCCAGAUCUGGCAGCUUUGCAGACUGAGUUCUGUACAGCUGUUAGAAAAACAUCAGGAUUUCUUACCACGUGAGCAGUUCCUGAUCAGCGUGUUCCAAGAUGACAUCGCUAAAACCAUAUCAACUUGAAUGCAUGGAUCAAAUUCUAUAGGAGAGUUGCAGAAAAUCCUUGCCUGAGUAGCUGAGUAGCAUAUUAUCCAUGCGUGUGAGCACAGAUCCUCAUUCUGGCUCAUAUUGCAACCAAAUGAAAACAUACAGUAGUGGCCAAAAUUGUGGAAACCUUUUUGGGAAAAGUGUAUUUUUGAGGUUUGAUGGCUAAUAACACCACUUUUUUGGGGGGAGUCUCAAGAUAAUCCUAUUCCACUGCUGGAAUGGCCUGGGAAUAGCCCAGACCUUCACCCAAUAGAAAAUCCAUGGAGCUGACUAAAUAAACUUGUUAGUCAGAAGCAAUAAAACCCAGUUAAUAGAAGCCAUCAUUCAAUCUUGGUUUCACAUUAUAACUGCUACAAAACUAAAAGACUUGGUUCACUCCAUGGGAAGACGUUGUAAGGCCGUAAUUUAGUCUGUUGAGCCUGGAUAGCUCAACAGACUAAAAGCCUGUUAUUAACAUUCAGCUGUCUGCAAUUAUUGCAUGUUCGAAUCUUCCCAGGCUCAAGGUUGACUCAGCCUUCCAUCCUUUCUAAGGUAGGUAAAUUGAGGACCCAGUUUGUGGGGGCAAUAAGCUGACUUUGUAUAAAAUAUACAAAAGGAUGAAGGCUAUUGCUUAACGCAUUGUAAGCCACCCUGAGUCUCCGGAGAAGGGCGGCAUAUAAAUCUAAUUUUUUAAAAAAAAUCAUGCUAAAGAUUACCCAACUAAGCAUUAACUGACAUGGUGAUCAUUUUUCUAUAUCUCGUUUUUUCCUAUGGUGAUCAUUUUUGUAGAUCUCAUUUUUUUUCUACCUGUCUCACUUUUCUUUAUACAAUAACUGCUAUUCUAAUAGCAAAUCCUUCCUAAAAGUUACUGCAUUACAUUCUUGAUUAAAUUAUCUUUCCACUGAUAUAUAAUUUUAUGGUAUUACUCCCCCCCAAAAAAGUGGUGUUAUUAGCUAAUUUUAGAAAAUACACUUUUCCCAAAAGGUUUCCAUAAUUUUGGCCACUACCGUAGCAUCAGGAAACAAGAAGCUUUUACUUAAAGUGGUAGGACAUCCAUGCUGAAGGAAACUUUAGCCUAGCACUUAGAAACCUGGACUUGAAGCUUUUUCUCCUGGGAUAUGUCAUAUUUGGCUGGAGGAAGAAGUAAUUUGAACAACGUUGGCAGAAGAGAGACUCCAGUAUAAAGCCUGAACAAAGUUUUUAAGUGUUUUAUGAAUUCCCUUUCUAUUGCUCUAAAGUCAUCCCCUUUUUCUACUUGGCCAGAAAUCUGGUGGAAGUUUUCCUUAAGACUUGGCAUACAAUGAGCAACCCUACCUCAUUCGUUAAGGAUUCCCAAUGUUGGAAGUCUCCAAAUUAUUUAGACCUUGCCACUUAUUAUUAUUUUUUUGGGUUGGGCAAAAAGAAAAGAAGAACGGGAUUUCACUUUAAAAAAAAAAAAUGUUGGCUUUCCCGUAGGAGUGAAUUAACCUCUGCAGAAUCCAGGUUUUGACCCUAAAUUAGAAGCUAAUUUUGGAGAAGUGUCUCUGGUCCUAGAAGUUCAGUUUCCCAUGGCUUUAGACCUUUUUCUUGGCAUAUUUAGAAAGCAUCUAUUUUUUGGCCAUUUAUGACAUCAGAGCUCUAAUGUCAGAGAGAGAGAGAGAGAGAGAGAGAGAGAAGGUUUCUCUGGGGGCUGAGAGGAAAGAUCUGUGGUUGGAUAUCCCCCCUGCAAGAUUGGAGUCCUUUUUCAGAGUUUUCCACCCCUGUGACCCCCAAAAUUAUCUCCCAAACAUUGUAGGAUUGCAGGAUAAUGGGGUGUUGGCUCUCAUCCUUUAGAAUUCCCCCUCUGUUUGACCCUCGUUCUUCGUAUUUAAAAGCAGUGGUGGGAUCCUGCCAGUUUAACAAUUGGUUCGAUGAUUGUGUACUUCACUCUGUGUGCGUGCAGUUUUAUGAAAACUUACCUUCUGCGUUACUGCUGGGGAGUAACACAGCUGAGGCACGGCGAUCCGUUCUGACGCGUGAAUCAGCUGAAAAGAUAUAGGUCAGUAAAGCGCAGGGACGGGUGGACCAACCUGAUAGUCAGAGCAAACCGGUUGGUUCCCAGCUGAUCGUCGGAGCUACCGGUUCGCCCCGAACCGGUAGAAUCCCAUCCUUGUUUAAGAGUGGGGAAAAAAAGCAAAAUUAUCUCUUUCACCGGAGUGUUCUACAGUUGACUGAUUCUACCUGUCUUCAAAAUAUCGAUACCUAUUUGAAUUGCGUUGGUUUUGAGGUUAGGUUUCAUGCUUUGUGUUGCUGACCAUAACUGCUUAAGUCGCUUGCGUGGUGAUAGAAGCAGAAAUAAGGGCAUUUCGAGAUGAAUUUUUUAAAAGAAAGGAUGAGCAAUUCCAGAAAGAGCUGAGUGUCCAUUGGACACAUCAACAAUUCCUGGUUGCCCUCAAAAGAGAUUCAGAAGUGUUCAAAAAAACAUUUUUUUUAAAUAACCCAAAAGCAUUUUGGAUACAAAAUGGAGUGUUUUGAAUUCAAAUUGCUGGAGGUUUUCAACAAUAAGUUUGGACAACUGUUUGAUUGGGGUGACAUAAAGUUUCCAGUCUUGAGCCGGAAGUUGGACUAGAAGACCUCCAAGGUUCCUUCCAGGCCUUGGAAUCUACGUUCUAUGUUCUUCUUCUAUUCCAAAUGCCUUACACAUUAUUCAUAUACAGUUAGCCUCCUGCCCCCAAAAAUACGUAAUGCCAAAUUUUUCAACUCUGCUUUGUUUCACUGAGGUUUUCCCUGUGUCAAGUUUGAUUUAGGGUUACAUCUAAAAGUGCGCAGAACUAACACGGAAAAAUCAGACAUUUCUUUGCAAAGUCUGAUGUUCUCUUUCCUGAAAGAAAUAUCUGUUUUUCUGAAUGUCAAUCAAACGAUAAACGUUUUCCUAAAAGUCUUCUCCAAAUUUCUGGCUUAGUUACUAGAAGGUCACUGAUGUGCCUUUAAUAGACAUCUGAUAUUUUCUACAUUUGAUACAUUGAAGUAAAAGUGAGCAAGAAAAAGAUAUCAAAAAAGAGAAUCCGAUUAGUUGAGUAACUUUCUGAUAGUCCAUAUUUAACCAGGUUCCCUCUCCUGGUUCAAUCCCGCUUUCCUAGAAGUCACAAUCUUAUCACAACUAUUAGCAAAAGUUCCAAGGUGUAACCAGUACAAUUCAGUGGCUGCUAUCUACAGAUUUUGACCUUGAACAUGAUCUCUGGUGAUUCACAGAAGCAGGAGAUUUUGACCUACUGAAGGAAGCACAUUUCUGAUUUUUUCAGGAGCAGGAGAUUGACGAAUAUUGUGAUUUGCUAUAGCUCCUGCACCUGAUGUAAGACGUGCAUCUUCUGGACUGGUUAAGGGAUCUUGAAGAACAGUUAUGGGAUCUUGAAGAUCUCCUGCUGUGGGAGCCAACCACCCCUUCAUUUAGUUUGGGUUGUUGAGCAUCUACAAAUAUUCCUUUCCCAGCUUGUCUCAUGGAGUCUUUGCGAUCCCACCGGCUGACUCGAGAAGACAAAUUUUCGACAAUGAGACAUUUAUUCUGUUUCUCCAGGUGGUGCGUUUCUUCUGUCAUUUCAUGGACGGCGGUUGCUGAAAUGAUCAGAAUGACUCCCUCCACCUCUUCCAUCUCUAGAACGGACUGUAGCGUGUUGAGUUGUAACUCUUUUCACAUCGCAGAACUUUUUUUCCAUCCAAUUCAUCGAACAUAUCCUCGACCUCUUCUGGGAUCUUCAAACUACACACUUCCUCCCUCCUUUCUGAGUUCAUGCCAUUCCCUUGUUUGUUUGUUUGUUUGUUUUUACAACAAAUGGUCCAUCAGCAGGUCAAGAAACCAUGGAUGGAAGCUAAUAAAGGAGAGGGACAACCUAGAACUAAGGAGAAAUUUCCUGAUCAUUGGAAUGACUUGCCUCCAGAAAUUGUGGGUGCUCCAUCACUGGAGGUUUUUAAGAAGAGACUGGACAACGAUUUGUCUGAAAUGGUAUAGGGUUUCCUGCCUGAGCAGGAGGAUGGACUAGAAGACCUCCAAGGUCCCUUCCAACUUUGUUAUUCUGAGUCCACCAAUCCAAAACUUCUCUUCAGAUCAAUGUCUCUGAGGUGUCCAUAUCCUUUAAAUCAGGGUCCCCAAACUUGGCAGCUUUAAGACUUGUGGACUUUAACUCCCAGAAUUCUCCAGCCAGCUGCUGGCUGGAGAAUUCUGGGAGUUGAAGCCCACAAGUCUUCAAACUGCCAAGUUUGAAGACCUCUGCAAGAAUCUCUCUAUGUCUUUCUCUCUUUUGCCUGGAUUCAGCCUUCCAAUGAAUCCAUGACAGCCACUUAAGAUAGAAUUGUCGUUAUUAAUUGCGAAGUCAUGUCCAACCCAUCGCGACCCCAUGGACCACGUUCCUCCAGGCCUUCCUGUCCUCUAUCAUCCCCCGGAGUCCAUUGAAGCUCAUGCCGACUGCUUCAGUGACUCCAUCCAGCCACCUCGUUCUCUGCUGUCCCCUUCUUCUUUUGCCCUCAAUCGUUCUAAGAUAGAAUAGGAUUAGUUAAAAAACAAAAGUGCAAGCAUCAGUCGACAAAGACUGAUGUCCUCGCCUCAACUCACACAUCUGAUAUUUCUACAACGUCAUCUUCACUCAGAAGAAAACCAGAAUGAAUACAAAUCAAACUUAUCCCUCUUCCCUUCACUUCUCACAGAGGUGGAAUACAUAUUAACUGCCAUUUUCUGCUGUAACAACUCAGGCUGAUUCACCUUCUCCAAUUUCCCCAGGGUUGUUGUGGUUUUUUUUUUAAAAAAAUCAAUUUUAGUAUCCCUUUCGAUGUUUCUAACGCUUAAGGCUUUCUGCCUGAAACUUGACGAGAAAAACCAGUAUUCCUCUCAUUUGUAAGUUUUCCUACAGGGUUCCUUUUACUGGCCUCGCUGCACUCAAAUAUGGUCCCAUUUUGAGUGACUUUUGCAACUUAAGUGUUACUUGCUCUUUUUUUUUUUUUAAUUUGAUUUAUAUGCCGCCCUUCUCCGAAGACUCAGGGCGGCUUACAAUGUGCUCAGCAAUAGCCUUCAUCCUUUUGUAUAUUUAUACAAAGUCAGCUUAUUGCCCCCACAAACUGGGUCCUCAUUUCACCUACCUUAGAAAGGAUGGAAGGCUGAGUCAACCUUGAGCCUUGGCGAGAUUCGAACCCUGCAGUAAUUGCAGGCAGCUGGUCUUAAUAAGCUUAAUAACAGGGUGCCUUAAACCCCUGUACUACCAAAGCUCUUCUUUUGAACUCUUCAGUAUUCAUUAAAAGGAUGCAAAAGGGGAAUCCUUUUCUCCUCCGUGGGAUCUUAAGUGUGGUAGGAACUGUGUUUCCUUCACAUCCUUCUGAGUCUAGGUGGCCUUCUCCAAGUGGAAAAGAUUUGGGGCCCUGUGUCCAGGUUUUUCAGCACACAAAUUGGUCCUGCCCUUAACAUCCUCAGCCUGGUCAUCUACACAAAUCACAUUUUCCACCUGGCUGGCAUCUGCGACAAUCCUCUCUUUUUAUUGUCCUCUUUGGGGGUGUUGUGUUUCUCUUCAGGGAGGUGAGUCUGAGUCGCUGCAGUUCCCCUGGUCUUCUCUUCUUCUUCUUCUUCUUCUUCUUCUUCUGCUGUCAGGCAUCACCGUUUCCUGGGUUUGGGAUCAGAAAUGGGCAAGCAGUGAGUUAGCCCUUUAAUCCAACCUCCCCUGUUUAAGACAAGAGACUUUUUCCUACCCUGGUCAAACGAUUGUCCGGUCUGUUUUUUGAAACCUUCCAGCAAUUGGCAUUCAAAACGUCCCAUUUUGAAUCCAAAAAGCUUUUAUAAUCUCCCACCCCAAAAAUUAUAAUAAUACUAAUCCUCUUUUGUGUUGUGAGGUGAAGCGCCCCAUCUUCGUUCGUUCUGGAAGCGUUUGAAAUUCAAGACCGUUCCAAAAUGAUUGGAAAAAGGUUCGUUUUGCUUUUGAAAGAAGAUUCUGGAGAUGGAGCAUUUCUAAUCUGGGGUAUCUCGAAUUUGAAAUUAGUAUCCAGUUGAAUGUUUGAAACAUGUCCUUAAUUGUUUUGUUGUGAGAAGGUUAGCAUACCAUCGACUCCUUUAGCAAAGCGGUAGUAGUAGCACAGGUCAUAGAAAUAGUUGGCGAGAUAAAAUGAAUUACUGUAUCUUACUCAUUGGACAUUUCUUUCCUUCCUCCCUCCCUCUCUCCCUCCCUCCCUCCUUUUCUUUACUUUUCUUCUUCACCCAUCCAUCUAUCCCUGUCUCCCUCCCUCCCUCCUUCCUCCCUUCACCUUUGUUGACUCUUCCCUCCCUCCCUCUUCCUUCCUUCCUUCCUUCCUUCCUUCCUUCCUUCCUUCCUUCCUCUUUUCUUUUCUUUUCUUUUCUUACUUUUCUUCUUCCUCCAUCCAUCCCUCUCUCCCUCCUCCCUUCACCUUUGUUGACUCUUCCCUCCCUCCUUCCUUCUCCUUCCUUCCUUCCUUCCUUCCUUCCUUCCUUCCUUCCUUCCUUCCUCCCUUUUCUUUUCUUUUCUUUUCUUUUCUUACUUUUCUUCUUCCUCCCUCCCUCCCUCCUCCUUUCACCUUUGUUGACUCUUACCUCCCACCUUCCCCUCCCUCCCUCCCUCCCUCCUUCCUUUUCUUUUCUCUUUCUUGAGUUUGACUAGACUUGGGUUUAAUCAUUCCUUCUCAUAGUGUAAUUGGAUUUACUGUUAAAAAUAGUUAUGCUGUUAAAAGAACAACAACAUAUGUAACAGAGUUGCUCCUUGUUUUACAACUUCUGGCUAUUCACGGGACGUAGAGAAGUUGGUCCAACCGUUUCCAUUUUUAUAAUAAGCCUGGAAUGCUUCUUAUCUGACAACUAAAUCAUCUCUGCUCUGGGUAUGUGGGGGGGGGGUUCUUUUGAGAAAAAGCAAAACAGCUGGACGAUUAAAUGGCUUAGUUCUUUCCUUCUCCCCCUCCAUCCCAUCUCUCAUUGCAACACAACCAGCAUUACUGCCAAACCAUGAAGUGUGGUCCAUAUUUGUAUCAAGUUUUUAACAUGACAUAUAUUUCCCCGAAGUCUGAUUGAGAAGGUUUUUAGGUCUUGUUAUCUUGAACAAUUUUAGUAUCAUCCCUUUCGAUGUUUUUUGAGGCUUUUUCUUGCUGAAACUUGACGAGAAAAAUCAGUAUUGCUGUCGUUUGUAAGUUUUCUUACGGGGAUUCCUUUUACUGGCCUUGCUGCGCUCAAAAUACGCAGUGCCCCAUUUUAAGUGACCUUCGCAACCUAAGUGUUACUUGCUCUUUUGAAGUCUUCAGUAUUCGUUAAAAGGGACGCAAAACCCUCCAUGGGAUUUUCAGCGUGGUGGGAACCCAUUCUCCUCCACGUCCUUCUGAGUCAAGGUGGCCGUCCCCAGGCUGAAAGGAUUUUGGGUCCUCUGUCCAGGUGUUUCAGCACACAAACUGGUCCUGCCCUUAACAUCUGGUUGGUCACCAUGGAAAUCUUCUAAAAGACUCCAUGGAUCAGAUGUAAGCACGGUUUUUUUAAAAAAAAGAACGACAGCUGCGUAACGGUCUUCAAAAUGGGGGCCUUGAACCCUCUGUGUGUGUGAGAGAGGCUUUCUCCACUCUAAAUUCAUGGAAUGGACAUGGCAGGAAGGAUGAGGCAAUUGUUGAGAUGUCCCUUCAAGAUGCUGAGCUUAUUAUUUUCCUUGGUUCCACCGAAGGCGUCCCUCUGUCGUGGUUUCUUUCCUCUGAAUUAUAAGCUUUCUGCUGAAUGUAUUGACAUAAUUCCAAGCAAUGGAUACGAUUUCGAACUCCUGGGGUCAAAUUCCGAAAGGAAAUUACGAAGGAAAAUUAAAGAAAGGGGGCGGGGCCUUGGGAAACCAAAGGAUUGGUAUCAUCUAGAAGCCACGGUGAUAUUGUACGUUGUUCUGGUGUCAUAGUGCAAAUGAUGGAGAUUUCAUAACUGACAUCGUUUUCACCACCAGGCCCGUCCGUCACCCCUUGUGGGGUGUGGAGAGGGGAGAGACCCAUGAGAGAGAAAAAAAAUGACCUUGGGUCUGAAUUGACAUCAUUUGUGUAGCUGUUCCUUGGAGUCCGUCCUCUGCGUUUUGCAAAAUUGAAGGAGAACGAUACAAAUUCAAAUGUCGAUGAUCUAGAAUUCCUCCUUUGGUUUGUAUUUGGGACAAUUGUUCUCCAGAAAAGACAGGCCACGUAAUACGGUUCCUUAAAACAGGGUCCUAUCUGUGGGUUGCUACUCCCCACCCCACACGUUGUCAUAUUGCAUUGUUUAAUAUUGUUAAUAUCAGCGUUAGAGUAUUGUAAACAGAAGGGUGGGGAUUGACAAGUGUCUAGUGCUUCAUGGUAACCCUAAUUAACUAAUGGUUUGUUCAUCAACCUUUGGACCUAUUCUAGAAAACUGGAGUUCACACCACAGAGAGAUAUUUUGGUUUGAGAUCAAGCGAUACCCUUCGGUCCAAAUCCUAUCUGGACUCGCAGUUGAGUUGCGACAAGUCUAAUUGACCUUCCGAAUACCAGAGUGGAUGUUUCAAUCAUGAUUUGGAGUGGUUUGUACUGGGGUGGGGGGGGAAGUUAACCUAUGACCCGGGCCCUCCCCCCCAUUCUCUUCAGUGCUGCUGAAUGGACAGAUCAGUCUUUCUUCCCUUUCAACGCUACUUUUUUUGUGAAUUUAAAAAGGCUGAAAUGAGGCAUAAAGCGAAUUGUUUUGUAAAAAUUUGUAUAAUACUGUGAUAAAAAAAAUAAUAAUUUAUAAUCUUAAAAAAAAAAAACCUGUUGUGUUGGAUUAUUGUGGAAUAAACUGUAUAUUCAGAAUAAAAGUUUAUCCUUUGAA